AUGACCAAGAAAUCCCUCUUCCUCAUAGCAUCCUCCCUAACCCUAAUCAUCAUCAUCCUCACCACUCUUUCCACAGCCAACAACAGCUUCCCACUCCGAAAACGUCUUCCCCGUCCCUUCGUCUCCGCACCACACCUCCGUCACGACCUCCACCUCCAAGACUCCACCACCACCAACAAUCCCUACCUCUCCGAGAUCAAAGAGUGGCUAUCCCAGCAACUACCCUCCACCAACAACAACAACAACAAAAUGGGCAGCAAAUCCUCCUCCCACGAAAACCCCAUCAUCUCCGACGUCCUGCCCAAGAACCGUCUCAUCAACGUCUACGCCUCGCUCACCCGGCAAUUCGACAGUGUAGAAUCCCGCUUCAAUGAUCCCUCAAGCAACGUGACGGUCCUGGCACCGCGGAACAGUGCGAUCCAGAACCUGCCGCGCAAGCCGUGGGAGAAUCCUGAGGAUUAUGAGCGGUUUGGGCAGGCUGGGGCGUAUGAGGGUGAUGAGGGGCAGGAUCGGGCUACGAAGAAUUUGGAGAGGUUUGUGAAGGCGCAUGUUGUUGUGGGGAGUCCUUGGGGGGAGGGUGAUGAGGGGGUUACCCUUGCUGGGGAGAAGGUGACGUGGAAUAAAGGGGAGGGGGGGAAGAUUUAUAUUCAACCGGGGAAUGUGGAGGUGGAUAGUGUUGCUGAGAAGGUGUCGAAUGGGGAAUUGUGGAUUUUGAAUGGUGUCGUUAAUUAUACUUAGGUCCUGAUGGCGGACUGUCAUGAUGGUUAUUAUAUAUUUCGUUAUGUUUGUGAUAUUGAUGAUGAUUUCAUGAUUGAUGGAUGCCUGGAUACGGUCUCGUGGCAGAGGCUACUAUUAAUGAGGACACUCGCGUCUUAGUACUUACUACUCACGUUCUGCACUCAUAUUACUAGUAUGUCAUAUUGAUACAUCUGCACUUCAUCUAAUAUAUUCAACAAGUAGAGUCC